AUGCCUCCACGAAGAGGAGUCAGAGGUCGUACAUCAAGGAGGAAUGUUGAACCACAAGAACAAGGGGUAGCUAAAGCACCAAAUGUGCAACCUCAACGAGAAUUCAUCAAUGUUGAAUUCCGUGAGGCAAUCCGGAUAUUAGGUCAAUUGGUGACUAACCAAGUUGGGAAACAACAAGGAGCUCGACAAAAAGAGGCUGACAUUUCGAGGAUUCUUGAGUUCUUGAGGAUGAAUCCUCCAAGUUUUAUUGGUUUUAUCACUGAAUUGAAAGAGGCUAAGGUACGUGAAUUUCUUACACUCAAGCAAGAUUCUCUCAGUGUGCAUGAGUAUGGAUUGAAAUUCACCAAAAUACCUCGUUAUGCUCUGGAAAUGGUUAAGGACAUGGGGAGUAUGAUGAUUUUGUUUGUUGUUGUAGAGGAGGAAAAACUAAGAGAUAGAGAGGAGUUCAAGAACAAAAGAGCUAAGAAAGGGAACGAGUCCGGUGUGGUGCAAGGAGGUAGUAAGCCUCCUUGCUGCGCCAAGUGUGGUAGAAACCACUCCGGUGUUUGUCGUGAGGGAUCUGCUGCUCAGUCUUCUUCAGUUGCUCUGCCAGACAGGGCUACACCUAGAGGAACUACUUCCGGUACUGGCGGAGAUACAAACCACUUGUAUGCACUCAAUAAUUUCCAAGAACAAGAGGAUUUACCAGAUGUUGUCACUGAAAGGUUUGGGUUCAAGGUGAACUUAAGUACUACCUCUUAUCCUCAAACUGACGGGCAGGCAGAGCGUACAAUUUAG